AUGGCUGGGACAUCGAGAAACGACUUCCAGAACGCAGGACAGUUCUACCUGGACCCUAAUCAGCAGGACCUGCUCCUGGCCGCGCUUGCCUCAAACAACCAGAACCACAACGACAUCUUCGCGGCAGGCUUGGACGCGAAGCAAACCAUGAACGGCCUUCCAAACGGCCAGCAGUUCAACUUCCCCGUCGACAAUAUCGACCAAGGCUUCUUCACCUCCCCUCAGCAGAGCACGCCUGCAUCGGCCUUCAACAACAUUGGUGGAGUCGAAGAGAGUCCUUUCGGCGAUUACCUCGACGGCGAUAACUUCGAUUUCGACAAUGCUGACAACGGCGACCUCAUGAUCGGCGAACUCCCUGGCGACAGCCCUGACAAAGAUGGAGAGUCUUCAGAGAAGCGCAAGAGUCCGGGCGACGAUCCUGAAGAUCCAGAGGGUGGCGGCAAGCGCAGAGAGGGAGAUGAUAAGCAGGCGAAGAAGCCCGGCAGGAAGCCAUUGACCUCGGAGCCGACUACCAAGCGCAAGGCACAGAACCGAGCAGCCCAGCGAGCCUUCCGAGAGCGCAAGGAAAAGCACCUGAAAGACCUUGAGACCAAGGUCGCUGAGCUUGAGAAGGCUUCCGAUUCCGCCAAUCACGAAAACGGACUUCUCCGUGCUCAGGUCCAGCGUUUGCAGAUGGAGCUUCGCGAGUACAGGAAGCGUCUAUCGCUCAACAGCAGCAGCGGCAGCAACAACCGCUCUCCAUCUAUGAUGGGUGGAUUCAGUUCAAUUCUAAACAAUGGUGGCUCGACAAACAGCAGCUUUCAAUUCGAGUUCCCACGCUUCGGCGGACUUCCGGGAGCGCACAUUCUUGAUAAUGGCCCUCUUUCGAAGAACAAGACCUCCACAGGCUCCUCGGCUGGUGUGGCUCGUCAAGAUAGCGGACGAAGCAUUAGCUCUAAGGGCCCGAAUGGAGAUGCGACUACACCAGACAAGACGGUUGCAAGCCCCGUUACAAGCGGAAACUCACGUUCUGGAAGCGUCAAUGGCAUGUUUGGCCUAAACAACAACUCAAAUGCCACAGAUCUCUCCAACCCAUCGUCUCGCGUAUUCCAAUUCAACAGUAACUCGUCCACGCAUUCAGACUCACCCUCGGCGUCCUCAACUUCGCCAACCAACCAAAAUUCGUCUUGCGACACCUCGCCUGAGCCGAGUCAUCAGUCGCCCAAGAACUUGGAUACGAUUGCUGAUGGAUAUGUGUGUCAUGGAAAUUCGGAAGGUGCGACAAAGAGCCCUGCUACCGCUCCCGACCCCGUCGGCUUCGAUUUCUUCGCCAACCAGAACGGCGGCAACUUCGACCCCACCCUCUUUGGAGACUACCGAGAGUCUCAAAACGCCAUCGUUGGCGACGGAGACUUCUCGAAUGGUUUCUUCAACGAUGCGUUCCCGAUCGCCGACUACGGCAGCCCCUUCCACUUUGGAGACACUCCAGCUGUGCAAAAGCCGAAUCCGCUUGAAGAGAUCGAGCGCAUACAAGAUGGUGAUGACGAGGUUGUGCCUGGCGACGAUCCAGCACAGUUACUCAAUUGCCACAAGAUCUGGGACAAAUUGUCAAGUCGCUCCGACUUCAAGGACGGUACCAUCGACAUCGACAACCUCUGCUCAGAGCUCCGCGCCAAGGCUCGUUGUUCUGAAAGUGGCGUCGUCGUCGACCACAAGGACGUCGAAGCCGCGCUCAAGCGGCUGCCAAAGGAACAGCGGGCGUAA